AUGGUGGUUUCGGCGUUUUCGAAUGAUAAUGAAGAUUUCAAAAUUAGAGAGUUUGAGGAGUGCAUAGUAUCACUUUGUGAUGAUGACAGUACAGUCAAUGGGUCCAUAUUAUCGUCCCCCGAAUUAGACAAUGGAACACCCUUCUCUGCCACAGAUUCCUCGGUCUUCGAUCGCCUAAAGGUUAUAUUCAGAGGAAACUCCUCCGAAAAAAAUCCGGGAGUUUGCGAUAAAAGCUUUAACAAGGGAAUAAUGGACACAAUGGGUCCAUUUUCGGCCGGACUGUACAAACAAUCAACAAGUUUAGCCGACCUAAAGUGCCUCAACAGCUGUGAUUCAGUUUUUGGUAUGGAUACGUUGGCCGAAGCUUUGUCUGCUGGUUGUGAAAUGUACAAGGCACCGUCACAAUGCACACUAGAAAGUCCGCUUACACAGUUGGUUGCUUCCAACAGUGGCGAUGCAGUGUCUACCAUUACCGGUAUGAUCACUCCAGUCGAUCGUGUGUUUGAUUUGGCAGGCGCUGAAUUCGGCGAUCGGGCCGAGUCUUUGUUAGAGCGUUUUAUCAUGGGCGACUCUACUGUUCAGGAUGAGUUGAUCUCUCUCUUUUCAGCCGAGUUUAACUUGCCUGAUUAUGAAGGAUUUUCUCCGUCCCUUGUUGCUUCGCUGCUCAAGUUUUGCAUAAUGAGAAACCAGUUGUUUUGGUCUGCUAAGCUAAUUCAGAUAUCAUGGGAAAAAGGUCUCAAGUUAAGCAGUGAUAGCAUUGUUCAGGUUCUGCUGGCCCUUGUUACAUCUGACAUGGUCGAACUGUCCAGGGGCUUGUUUACACGGCUCUUUCUCUGGGGAUAUAAGGAUGACGAGUUAUACACCCUCUUCAUCACAGAACUACACACUCUGAUUCACAGAGAGGGGAUUAGUAUAGCAAACAAUUUUUUAAAUGUUGUGGAAGAUAUAAGAGGUGCACUAGACACAAAAGUAGCGAUUCUGUUGGUCUCGCUGUUUGUGGAGUUGGAUUUCGUUUCUGGGGAGCGCUUUAAAAAUUGGUUGGGAUUGUCCAGCGUUGAUGCUAUUUUUUUGGCAGAGAAAAUUUUAAGGUUAACAAUCUUCUCAAGGUUACAAUUUAGAAUUCGUUUUUACAUCCUUUUUAUCCUCACGCUCUCUUUAGAAUCCUCAUAUUCAAUAUUAGAUCUUUUGCAAUCUGACAAGCAACUUUGUCAGUUUUUGGAGUUCAUUUGCCUCGAAUUUCCCCUUGAAUAUUCCAGCGUUGUAUCCAGGUUUUUGGAGCUAAAGUCAUUCAACGCCUUUUCAUUUAUAAAUUCUCUGCACAUUGCAGCGAGAAUAUCUGAAUCUAGUUCACUUAUUACAAAGCUUUGCAUUAGCGCUCUUCAACAACUAAAGUCCGUGGUACCAAACGAUUUCAAAACGCCCGAAUUUGGGGGGUACGAAUUUUUGACAUGCAGUGGUGUUAAUCGCUUAAUUUUGUCACUAGGCACUACCUUGACCUGCUUGUCUGGAAUAUGUAAAUCGCUCUCAGCUGAUGACCGUGAAUUAUUUUCUCCAUUAAUUGAGCUUUGUCUUUUGGUGGAUGAUCACGCAGCCGCUGAAUGUGUAAUGAAGUACAUGUGUGACUACUUUGGCUUUAUUGACGACCUUGUAUGUGAGAAAAUACUAAUGGCCAUUUCACUAAAGGGAAAUUUCACCGUUGUCAAUAGGCUAUUACGAGGAUCACAGCCUCACGAGUCCUGCGAAGUGUUCUUGCUUGGCUCUAGGGAUGCAAGUUUUUAUACCAUGGAGAAGAGGAGGAUUAUAGGUGAAGAGGAAGACGAUGAUGAGCCAGCUCCUGGACUGGUUCCUGUAGCCAGCACUACCAACGAGCUCAAUACACACCAAAGGUUAUGUAGUUUUAUCAUUAGAGUCUGUCUCGCAAGUGGAAACUUUACAUCUGCAAUGCAGUUUAUAAAACCCCUUUUAAGAUUAAACCAACAAAACGUGGAGAUUUCGCAAUUGAUCCAGCAAGUUUCCUCCAAGUUGGAUUCUAGGAGCAAGCUGGAGUCCUUUUUGACUUUUUGCGAAAAGAUCUCAAUUCUCGUUGAUGAAAAUGCCUUUUCGUGCAUAUUGGAUUGUUGUCUAAAAUUGAAAAAUUCCAAACGCUUACUGAGGUUGAUUAACAAAUUUAGGCUCUGGGGACUGCAACCCCAAGCUCAAACCUAUGGUGUUAUAAUCAAGUCUUUAAGCUGCUGUGGAAUGAUUGAUGAAUGUAAUCGAUUAUGGGAUGAGUUUGUAAAUAAACGUGGGUUUGAACCCAAUGAAGUUACUUAUGGUUGUAUGUUUGAUGCAUACGUGAAUAACAAUAGAGUUGAUGAUGCGGUGCGUUUAUUUGAGGAUAUGAAGAGCCAAGGAAAGGUUAAGCCAAACACGAUUAUGUAUACCACUUUGAUUAAGGGUUACGGUCAAAACAAGCAGCUAGAUAAGGCUUUGAAAAUGUUUAAUAUGAUGUGCAGUGAGAAUGUAGCGGCUAAUACUGUUACGUAUAACUCUAUUAUUGAUGCUUGCGCAAGGGUCGGUGACAUGAAUGGAGCAGCGUCUUUACUAGAGGAUAUGCUUAAUAACAAUAUUGAGCCGGAUUUAAUCACCUUUUCCACAAUUAUAAAGGGCUACUGCGUCCAGUCUAAUAUGGACAAGUCUUUUCAGCUUCUGAGCAUAAUGUAUGAACGUGGCAUUAUGCCAGAUGUUAUCCUUUACAACUCACUUUUAGAAGGAUGUGUAAAGAGUGGUCUUUUAUGGCUUUGUGAGAAAUUGUGGCAGCAAAUGCAGCAGUAUGGUAUUCCUCCCAGCAACUUCACCCUUACAAUUCUUAUUAAAAUGUAUGGGAGGAAUGGACAGCUAGACAAGGUAUUUGAGCUUGCAGAUACACUUCCAAAGCAAUAUGGAUUUACCAUAAACACACACGUGUACACAUGUUUGAUGAGUGCCUGUAUCACCAAUGGCCGUUAUUCGAUGAUUUUGGAAGUCUACAAGUGCAUGAAGUCAGCUGGUAUAAAGGCUGACGCAAAGACUUUUGAAACGUUGAUUCAGGGUGCCUCAAAGGGAGGUUUGUACCUGGAGGCGGCGGAUAUAAUUUCUGAUGUUUAUAGUCUCUCCAAUUCUUCUGGUGAGGCAGCCAUUCCGAACAUAAACACCAAGAUUAUUGAAAAGUUGUUUGCAAAGGUCUAUUCAAACGUAAUUGAUCAAAAUGUUUUAUCGAUUUACAAUUCAUUGGCUAGACGUCUUGAGCUUUUUGGUAUAAAGAUCAACAAGUAUAACAAACCGAUUAGACUUUAA